CUGAGGGUUACAACCUGAGAUUAUAGACUGUAUGUAACAGUACGCGUUCCAGUUAGACAUACAAAUCAGUGAAUGUAUUGCCUGGCCUUCCCCAUGUGACCAGGAUUUCUCGCUUGACAUCAUACAGCGCUGCUCAGCAGGUCCGCUUGCACGGUCGUCUAUAGAGAGCCACGGAUCACCGUCAAGGCGCAGAGCUGGCGUAGACGGACGGAGCGGCAUUUUCAUGCAGACAUACUUUCCACCGUUUUUGCCCAGGGUAUCCUUCAAUAUUCCCUGACCUGACCCUCCGUCUCCAGGGGGACUGAUAUCGUUGGUUGGGAGAGGUUCGGUUCGGUUGACAAGAGCUGUAUGUUGUACAAGCCCGACCCCCCAUACACUAUAAGGAUUUAAUUGUCAAUUAUCGUGCAGUUUGCAGUUCAUUGCUGUAGUCGUGUAGCGUACAGCUGUACCCUGGGAUCAAUACAGACACACAGCCUUUACAGCUGGGUGUUUUGUUUGCGACGGGUUAAAGCCAAACGGACGUACCUACUCGCCAGAAAGGAUACACGGUGUACAGGCAGCAUCGCGGACCUGUCAGAAGCACGGCAAUGGACUCAGGAACGAGAACGUGCGAUGUGGUUGUUGUGGGUGCCGGAAUAAGCGGUUUAGCGGCAGCAAAACUUCUCAAGGAACAAGGAUACAAUGUGGCUGUACUGGAGGCACGUGACCGAGUCGGUGGUCGGACUUACACGAUCCAGAAUCCAAACGUCAAAUAUGUAGACCUAGGCGGGGCUUACGUCGGACCCACACAAAACCGAGUCUUCCGAUUGGCUAGAGAGUUCGGCAUACAAACGGCCUUGACCUAUGACACUGGGGACACAGCAGCGUAUUACAAGGGACGGGCAUAUCGUUUUAACACCCUUUUCCCGCCACUCGGGGGUCUCCUUGGAUACCUGGACAUGAACAACCUCUUUAGAGAGUGGACAGAAUAUCCCGUUGAUGCCCCUUGGAAGGCCCCUCAUGCUCUGGAGUGGGAUCGCAUGACGUUUCAGGACUGGCUAAACAAGACAGCAUGGGACAAAGUAAGAUUUGUGUCAACGCGAGACUUCGCUAAAAUGUUCUUGAACGUCAAUGUGACGUCAGAACCGACGGAAGUUUCGCUCCUCUGGUUUUUGACGUACAUCAGGCGCUGCGGCGGACCUGUCCGGAUAUUUUCCACGACUAACGGUGGUCAGGAGAGGAAAUUUGUCGGCGGAUCCCAGCAACUGAGUUUCAAGUUAGCGGAGCGAAUAGGUCCUGACAAUAUCCUGUUGAACCGUCCAGUCGUCAAGGUGGAGCAGACGGAUAAAGAUGUCACCCUGCAAGACGUCCAUGGCAACAAAUACGUCGCCUCACGUGUCAUCAUAGCCAGUCCACUUCCGCUUCAACAGAAGAUGAUCUACGAACCCCCACUUCCGGCCCGCCGUAACCAGCUGAUAUCACGUGUACCCAUGGGAUCAGUCAUCAAGACCUUUGUGUACUACAAAACUGCCUUCUGGAGAGAAAAGGGAUAUUCGGGUUUGUCAGCAAUAGAUGAUGAAGACGGUUUAAUAGGAUUCUCGAUGGAUGACACCAAACCAGACGGUUCACACCCAGCUCUUAUCGCCUUUAUCCUGGCAGACCGAGCAAGGACGUAUUGUCAGCUUACCAGAGAGGAACGUAAGAAAAGGAUAUCAGCGGUGUAUGCCAAAGUAUUCAAGUCUCCAGAAGGGUUAAAUCCUGUCCACUACGAGGAGAAGGAUUGGGGAGAGGAGCAGUGGUCUGGAGGUUGUUACACCAUUAUGAUGCCCCCAGGCUUCUUAACAGUAUUUGGACCUGUCAGAAAAAAACCGAUAGGACGUUUGUACUUUGCCGGCACAGAGACGGCCACGCAAUGGUCAGGAUACAUGGAGGGAGCUAUCGAGGCUGGAGAGCGCGCAGCAAGGGAGAUAAUGUUUGCCGAAGGACGAAUCAGCGAAAAUGAAAUUUGGCAAGAGGAACCAGAAGAUGCGGAUGUGAAGCCCCGGCCAAUAGAGACAACGUUCUGGGAACGUAACCUGCCUUCCGUACCAGGUUUGCUUAAGUUUACCUUUGGUGUGACUGCCUUGGGAGGGGCCGGUCUGGGCUAUCUUGGAUACCUGAAAUUCUCGAGACUUUGAAAAAAAAAAAGAUCGGAAAAUAGACAAAAAAUGUUGCUAGGUCAGUGAACCUGUCUGGUGCUAUACCUUAUCUCAGGUCCUCCCUGGACAACGAACAAACAGUCACGUGGAUAAGUCAUGUGAUUUUACCGAGACUUAGCAUCGAGGUCAGCCGAAUACGUCAGUUGUAAUCGAAAGCCUAAAAGGAGGUGUAGGAUUUUCUCGUACUGUAAACCGUUACUAGGUUCCACAAAGUGAUCUUAAACCUAAACAUGUAUUCAGAAAUUAAAAACUGUCGUAAGUUAUAUGACUGAUUCGAGAUCGUUCACCUGAUAAUUCCUGGACACUGGACCCAAGACGUGAUGCUGGUGUAGAAUGUACCAGGGUCCCGUGGGUUGGCGGGGGGUGAACGACGGGGUAUAUCAAGGGACAGGAUUUGUUUAUUCUAACUGUACAUAAAAUUUAAAGAGAAGCAGAACGUUGGCUGGCUAGCAGAGACAAUUUAGAGCACCAAUGAUUUAGUCUGGCUUUGUCUAUCCCUAUAUCCCAUCACCUUAUCAGUGUUGAUACGUCGGCGUGAAAUAACAUUUGGAUUACACAUUCUGCAUGCUUUCAUUUAAAGGCAACAGACAUGUGAUGUGUUGUUGUCACGUCAGGUCACUCGCCAACGUGGUUUAUGUCCAAUGAUAUAUCAUGGUUUAAAACUCUUUCUUCUUGUCCUUUCUUCCUAGUACUGUUGUUUAGCUUGUUAAAUAGUAACGUGAUCAAAUGAAAGUAUGUUCUGUAUGGUAUUCCAAGCAACGAGCUUACAGCAUGAUGACGUCACUCCACACGCGCAUGCUCUGUAUGACAUGGGGUGAUUAAGAGCAAAUGCGACAGAUGAGGCUCGAGAAUUCAGCUUAUUUAAGUGAAUUAAAGGCCAUGUUUCACCGCUUACAUGUGACCAUUUAGCAACUUUCACACUGUCGUGGCUGCUUUGGUUUUAGACUUUUAUAUAGUAUUGCUCUUGGUAGAUAAGGCCCUUCUCUAAUGCUCAUGCCCCACUAUAGGACAAUCCCGAGAUGCACUGCUCAUAUAGGCAAGCUGACGCCACGGUGCUGUUGGCCUGUUCAUGGAAUUCCACACGUGACAAUACGUUAAAACACUGUAUGCAGAGAAUACACCUUAUUAACAUUUUAUAUUACAUCCGUGUUGUGCGUGCAUGCGUACGAAGACGUUAUGGUAAUAAAUGCUAUCUAAUUGGC